UGGGGUCGGAUGUGGAAGGUCCCGGGUCAGAAUUCCUGCAGUCAGGCAGUGGGGCGCGGUGCUGCAUCCUGUCCUCCAGCUCUCAUCAUGCGGGCCCGCCUGCUCCCUCUGCUGCUGCUCUGGCACUGCCUGCUGGCCUGCACCGCUGCUAUCUCCCGGCAGGAGCUCUUCCCCUACGGGGAGCACAGGGGGGACCUGCUGCUGCCGGAGGGGGACGACGAGACGUCCCAGGUGCUGCCGCUGGAUCAACCCAUUCUCUUCUAUGAGGCGGAAUUUAAAGAGCUCUAUGUAGGGACCAAUGGGAUCAUCUCCCCUCACGACUUCCCCCGUGAGACACAGUAUGUGGAUGACGGCUUUCCCACUGACUUUCCAGUCAUCGCCCCCUUCCUGUCUGAUAUAGACACGAGUAACGGCAGAGGAAAGGUUUACUACCGGCAGGACAACUCCCCUGAGACCCUCAGCACCGCGGCCAGGCAGAUUGAGAAAGGUUUCCCAGAGGCCGCCUUCUCCCCUAUCAAUGUUGUGCUGGUGACCUGGGAGAACGUGGGGCCGUACGAAGAGGUGACCAGACAUUCCGAGCCUUCCAAUAAGUUUAACACAUUCCAGGCUGUUCUAGCUUACGAUGAAUCCGAUUCCUACGCCAUAUUCCUGUACCCUGAACAUGGACUCCAGUUUUUUGGGACCAGGCCUAAAGAGUCCUAUAACGUCCACCUUGAGCUCCCAGCCAGAGUGGGAUUUAGCCGAGGAGAGUCUGAAAUCUUGAAGAGAGAAGCUCCUUUUUAUAGCGUCACCAACAGUGAACAAUCCGUGAAGAAUCUGUAUCAAACAAGUAAUGUUGGGGUCCCGGGAGUUUGGGUCUUCCACAUUGGUAGCAUUUCCGAGCUGGACAAUGUGAUACCGGCUAAAGUGGUGAACGUCCAUGCCCAAGAACGGUUCAUACCUCUGAUCAACUCCCACAAUGAUUUCCCUGAACGCGGAGAGCAAGAAAACCAUCUCACUGGGGACAACAACUACGAUGAGAAUUACGAUGAUACAGAUGGGGACUACCCUCCUGGUCCAACUACGGAGCAGGCUGCAACGGACAAUGCAAAUGUCAACACUGGAUUCUUGGGCAUCGAUGAUACGGCCACGCUGGGUAUCGUUGAAGAGGCGGAACAGGAGUCAUUACCCUACUAUCCGCCCAACAACCCUUUACCUCCAUCUCAGAACGAGCCUAGCUGGACUCCGUAUGGUUUAGGGAACCCCUUGGGGGAACCUCAGAUCCAGCCUUCAGAUAAUAGAGAUCUUGGCAGUGAACCAUCUUAUGAGACCAGAAAAUAUCCUUCUCAGCCAUUUGUGACGCCAAAUCCGCAAAUCGAUCAAGAGAUUCCUGAUUUGGUUUUUAGGAGCGGUCGCAUUAAUGGAUACGAUGAGACGGGAGGAUUUGACACUGACGUGCUCACUUUUAACCCCGUCAGUAGAGAGACCUGCGAGAGGAAACCUGGGCACUGCUCACAGUACGCCUUCUGCAUUGACUACGCGACCGGAUUCUGCUGUCACUGCCAGGACAAUUACUACGGCAAUGGAGUGCACUGCUUACCCAAAGGUGCUCCACACAGAGUCAAUGGUAAAGUGAGCGGAAACCUGCUUGUGGGACAGACGUCCGUCAGCUUUGAUAGCAUAGACAUGCACGCUUACAUAGUGGUGAAUGAUGGAAGAGCUUACACCGCCAUCAGUCAGGUCCCGGAGCCUGCGUCCUGGUCACUAACUCCUUUAACCGCCAUUGGAGGACUUUUUGGUUGGCUUUUUGCAUUGGAAAAACCUGGACAUCAGAACGGGUUCAGUAUAACUGGAGCGAAAUUUGUCCACAACAUUGAAGCUGUGUUUUCCCCGGGAGGAGAAGUCGUCCACAUCACACAGGUUGCGAAUGGUUUCGAUGCAGAUAACUACAUCCACCUAAGAACCACCAUAAAAGGCCAGAUACCAUUUAUCCCCGAGACCUCAACUGUCCAGAUCAACCCGUACUACGAAAUCUACCAGUACUCUGGUUCAGUUGUGACGUCCACGGCUUACCGGGAAUACACCGUAUCAUCCGCAAAUAAUGAAGUGCAGAGACUGUCCUACCGACUGAAGCAGAAUAUCACCUAUCAGGACUGCGUCCACUCCCAGAGGUUCCCCCCCACCGCCCAGAAACUCUCUGUGGAUCGCAUGUUUGCCCUUUACAACAAGGACGAGAAGGUUCUCAGAUUCGCCAUCACCAGUCACAUCGGAUCCGUGCACGAUUCUUCUCAGGAGCCAACACAAGUCAGUCCCUGCUACGAUGGAACGCACGUGUGCGACACGCGAGCCCAAUGCCAGCCGGGGUCAGGCCUGAACUACACCUGUGUCUGCGCCUCCGGGUACCAGGGAGAUGGCAGAGACUGCACUGAUGUUGAUGAAUGUGAGGCCGGACUCACCAACUGUGGCCGCAACACUCAAUGUCUGAACCUUCCCGGCAGCUACAGGUGCGAGUGUCAGCCUGGAUAUGUGCAUUCAGCAGAGGGACAGAACUGCGUGUUGGGGGGCUCAUUUGGUAACCCCUGUGAGGACGGCACACACACUUGUGACACUACCACAUCUCGGUGCGCACCACGUGGUGAUGGCGUCUUUACCUGUGAAUGUUUCCCUGGGUACACGAGGAGCGGGCAGACUUGUAUCGAUGUGGAUGAAUGUUCCGAGCGCAGGUGUCACCCAGAUGCUUCCUGCACCAACCUCCCCGGUUCAUUUUCAUGUCAGUGUAAUGACGGCUACACAGGCGACGGCUUCCAGUGUACACGGGUCCCAGAUUACAGACCUCCCCUUGUUUCUUGCCUGGAGAAACGUCUCAGCCUCCUAGGACACUCCCAACCUAGAGGUCCUCGCCCUGGUCUUUUUGUCCCCGAGUGCGACUCUGAAGGGAAUUACGCCCCUCUGCAGUGUCACGGGAGCACAGGACAGUGCUGGUGCGUGAACAAAAACGGAGAAGAAAUCGAAGGCACAAGAACAUUACCCGGCCGAGGUACCCCUAAGUGCGGAGUUCCCGAACCUACUCAACGACCUCAGACCAUGUGCGAGAGGUGGAAGCAGAGCCUGCUGGACCACUACGGUGGCACCCCCUCUGCAGAGCAUUACAUCCCUCAGUGUGACACCUACGGCGAGUUCAAGCCUCUGCAGUGUCACGGGAACAGCGGCUAUUGCUGGUGCGUGGAUAAAGAUGGCAGAGAGAUUGCGGGGUCGAGGACGCAGCCAGGAAUGAUCCCCGCCUGUUUGCCAAGUGUAGCUCCACCCACUGUGAGGCCCACCCCUCGUCCAGAUGUAACCCCUCCUACUUCGGGUACCUACCUCUUGUAUGCGCAGGGUCAACAGAUCGGAUACUUACCGCUGGAUGGCGUCAAGUUUAAUAAAGACAAAGCAAGGACCCUGCUGUCACUACAUGGCUCCAUCGUAGUGGGCAUUGAUUAUGACUGUCAGGAGAAGAAGUUCUACUGGACGGACGUUGCUGGGCGCACUAUUAGCCGGGCGAGUCUGGAGCCCGGUGCGGAGCCUGAAGUCAUCAUUAGUACAGAUUUAAUGAGCCCCGAGGGCCUGGCCAUAGACUACCUGCGGAGAACCAUGUUCUGGACAGACAGCGGCACAGAUAAAAUCGAGACCUCACGGCUGGAUGGUUCCGAUAGGAAGACGCUAUUUGACUCAAACCUGGUGAAUCCACGCGCCAUCACCAUAGACGCCAUGCGAGGGAACCUCUACUGGACAGACUGGAACAGAGAGGCCCCAAAGAUUGAAACCUCUUAUAUCGAUGGCUCAAACAGAAGGAUUCUGGUGAAUGACAACAUCGGAUUACCGAAUGGACUGACCUUUGAUCCUUUCUCCAAGCAGAUCUGUUGGGCAGAUGCAGGAACCAAAAAACUGGAGUGUGUAUUGUCCAAUGGAAGCGGAAGACGAGUGGUACAGAGUAAUCUCAACUAUCCCUUCAGUGUCGUGGCCUAUGCCAAUCAUUUCUACCACACAGACUGGAGAAGGGACGGCGUUAUAUCUGUAAAUAAAGAUAGUGGUCAGAUUGCAGAGGAAUACCUCCCGGAGCAGCGAUCACAUUUGUACGGAAUAACCGCCAUCUACCCCUAUUGUCCUUCUGGCAGGAAGUGAUAACCCAGAAUACAACGACCAAAAGAAGCCGCCAUUGAGGAAUCUUCUGCUCUGGCUCCGUUAAUAAGGAUCACGAAGCAGAAGGAACAACUCAAUCAUAUAUGGCAACCAGCACAGAUUUCCGUACAAGAAAAAAAAUAAAUCUAAAAAGUGUAAAGUUUUUUUUACCUCAGUUUUUACUACUGUAUUUUUGUACCUGUAAAAAGGAGUGAGAUGCGUCCAGUAACCUGUUUAGCCGCGGAGAGGCGUCGUCUCAGGCCAGAGUUUCAUCUGAACUGUUCUGCGUUUACUUUAACUCGAGAUUUUAAUGGUGCCGAUUUUUUUAAAGUUUUUUUUUUUUAUAUCUUUCCUUAAUAUUUAGUUUUCAAUUCAUAUUAAAAAAACAAAAUGUCUACUGUGAAAUAGCUAACUGUAUAUGGCUGUGUCAUACCUAUACCAAACAACAAGCUAUAGAAUAACUAUACACCCACGUGAUCCGCUGAAGUCUGUCUGCGCAAUGAAACACGUCAGAUAAUUCCAAUAAAACCCUUUUCUUUAUAAA